AUGGAGAUUGUUAAGAAGAGAAACCUAUGUUUCGAUUGUUUAGGUAACCAUAGAAUAUCAGAAUGUAGGUCGAAAAACACAUGCCGUACAUGUAAACGUAAACACCACACUAGUUUAUGCCAUGAAUCUUCAAGUCAAAAUUCACAGAGUCAGAAUAUUACAAGUAAUACAGAAAACGGCACGCCAAUCAUGCAUACAUCUGCUAAACAGGAAAAUUUUACCGUCUUCUUAAAAACGGCAAUCGCUCCAAUAUGGUUACAUAAUCAGUGCGCCGACGCUCACAUCCUUUUCGACGAAGGAGCACAACGAUCAUUUAUAACGAAGGAAAUAGCCGACAAGUUGAACGUCAAGCCAGACAGACAGGAGACCCUCAACAUAUCCGCCUUCGGAUAUUCUGACAAGAAUGUUCGUCACAUGAAUAAAGCCACAGUGUAUUUAGAAGCCGACUCAGGAGAGAAAAUACCUUUACAGGUAUUAAUUGUACCUACCAUAGCAGCGCCGAUCCAGAUUAACCGAAGGUACAUUUCGCAGCAACUUCAUUAUUUUAAAAAACUAAAACUAGCUCACCCGUUAUCAGAGGAUAAUAGCUUUGAAAUUUUCGUUACUCAUUGGAGCAGACCACUACUUGGAUGUCAUCAAGGAUGA